GUGAUGCUCCGUCCUCAACUGAGAGCUGCCUGCGGGAGCAGCGCGGUGCCGGGCACCGGGGCCGAGCGGAGCUCUCCCGCAGCCGUCCCGCAGCCGUCCCGCAGCCGUCCCGCAGCAUGCCCCCCGCUCUGCCCGCCGGCUGAACGCUUCAGACUCGGGGACACCGCCAGCACAGCCUCCUGGAGCCGGACAAGGUAACCGAGGGAGCGCAGAGGGGAGCGCAGCACCAUGGCACAGUCCGUGACGGCUUUCCAGGCUGCCUACAUCUCCAUCGAAGUGCUGAUCGCUUUGGUGUCGGUGCCGGGGAAUAUCCUGGUCAUCUGGGCUGUGAAGAUGAACCAGGCGCUGCGGGAUGCCACUUUCUGUUUCAUCGUCUCGCUGGCGGUGGCCGACGUGGCUGUGGGGGCUCUGGUCAUCCCUUUGGCCAUCAUCAUCAAUAUCGGACCGCAGACGGAGUUCUACAGCUGCCUCAUGAUGGCGUGCCCCGUCCUCAUCCUCACCGAGAGCUCCAUCCUGGCUCUCCUGGCCAUCGCUGUGGAUCGGUACCUGCGAGUGAAGAUCCCGGUCAGGUAUAAGAGCGUGGUGACACCCCGGCGAGCAGCAGUGGCCAUCGCCUGCUGUUGGAUCGUCUCCUUUCUGGUGGGACUCACCCCAAUGUUCGGUUGGAAUAACCUGAACAAGGUGCUGGGGACUCGGGAUCUGAAUGUCAGCCACUCGGAGUUUGUCAUCAAGUGCCAAUUCGAGACGGUCAUCAGCAUGGAGUACAUGGUGUACUUCAACUUCUUCGUCUGGGUCCUGCCGCCCCUGCUGCUGAUGCUGCUCAUCUACCUGGAAGUCUUCAACCUCAUCCGCACGCAGCUCAACAAGAAGGUCUCCUCCAGCUCCAACGACCCCCAGAAGUAUUACGGGAAGGAGCUGAAGAUCGCCAAGUCCCUCGCGCUGGUUCUCUUCCUCUUUGCGCUCAGCUGGCUCCCUCUGCACAUCCUCAACUGCAUCACUUUGUUCUGCCCAUCCUGCAAGACACCGCACAUCCUCACCUACAUCGCCAUCUUCCUCACCCAUGGCAACUCGGCCAUGAACCCCAUUGUCUACGCCUUCAGGAUCAAGAAGUUCCGGACAGCCUUCCUGCAGAUCUGGAACCAGUAUUUCUGCUGCAAAACCAACAAAAGCAGCAGCAGCACCACAGCUGAGACGGUCAACUAAGAGCUGAGGGGUCACCGCUGCCAGGGAAGGGGGGAUGAGGACCCAGGAGGGCUGAGUUUGCCAUUCCCCAUGCAAUCUGAACAGCCCAGCCCCUGAGCUGCCCCAGGGGGUUAUUUAUUCACUGUUUUGAUAUUGUAGCCUGCACUGUUCCUUUCUUUUUUAUUACUAUUAUUAUUAUUAUUUGUUGUUGUUUUAUUAUUUUUAUUUUUAAGUGCUGCCAAGUAUUUAAGGAGAUGUUGUACAGAUAAAGAUGUGGUUUAUCUUAAUGCAAAUAAAGUAAAAUGGUCAUAAACA